CAGGACAGCUGGUGGUGUUGAAUGUGCUCUCUUCCCUCUCCUCUCAUUCUCUGCCCUCCCUCGCUUCGCCGCCUCACACACACCCUCGUCUCGCACUCACACCUCCAAAACUGCUGCAGACAUGGAAGCUUUCGUUGGCAAAUGGGACCUCAAGGAUAGCGUGAAAUUUGAUGAAUACAUGAAGAAGCUGGGUGUGGGCUUUGCUACACGUCAGGUGGGAAACCUGACCAAGCCCACCACGCUCAUCUCAGUGGAGGGUGACGUGGUGACGGUUAAAACCCAGAGCACCAUGAAGAACACAGAGCUCUCCUAGCUCAAUGAGGAGUUUGAAGAGACCACCGCCGACGAUAGGAAAGUUAAGUCCCUUGUAAAAGUAGAGGAUGGGAAGUUGGUGCACACACAGAAGUGGGACGGCAAAGAGACCAGUCUGGUCAGGAGCGUCGAUGGCAACGCCCUCACACUGACACUUACAAUGGAGGAUGUCGUUUCCACACGUCACUACGUGAAAGCAGAGUGAAACCCAACCCUGAAACCUCCCUCCAGCAUCUACUUGCAUCAGUUAAAGCCGUGCACCCCCAAACUCCUUAACACCACUUGAACCCAGCCAAGCAAACCCUUUGAACGGCUACUACGGAUUGCCCUCAAUGUCAUUUUCAUACUGUAAACUCAGUAUUAACUUUUACUGCUGACUGUGACCUCUCUUUUCUUUGUUGUGGUUUGUUCUCUAAAGAUCCAGACCAGCAUUGUUUUUUAUGUGUUAUGCACGGUGGCUAUGUUAAACCUGGAAAAGUGUUUGAAUUUAAAAGUGUGCCUACUGAGGCCUGAACAAAAUUAAAUAAAAGUGUCUACACUGUUGAACCAACUUGUAAAACAAU